AUGUACAAACACUCUCUUCUGGGGGCCUUUGCGGUCCUCUUCCCAGCCUUGACCUCGGGAGCCCCUUCUUUCAUAAACCCCCUCGAUAAGCGUCAAGACUGUGUUUUCGACUCCGCUACCAACCCUACCUGCUGGGAUGGCACCCAUGAUAUUCAGACGAACUGGUACGAGGAAGCCCCUCACACCGGUGUCGUUCGCGAGUACUGGUUCGACAUCACCAACACCACCUUGGCUCCUGAUGGUGUCGAGCGUAUGGUUUUGGCCAUCAACGGCUCUGUCCCUGGACCGACCAUCAUUGCUGACUGGGGUGACACUGUUGUCGUCCACGUCAAGAACUCCAUGCAGAACAAUGGCACAAGUCUUCACUUUCACGGUAUCCGUCAAAACUACACCAACGAGGCCGAUGGUGUGGCUUCCAUCACCCAGUGUCCGACUGCUCCGGGCGACUCCAUCACCUACACUUUCCACGCGUCCCAGUACGGCUCGUCGUGGUACCACAGCCACUUUGCCCUUCAAGCUUGGAACGGUGUCUUUGGUGGCAUGAUUAUCCACGGCCCUGCUUCAGCACCCUAUGAUGAGGACCUCGGUACCAUCGUCCUCAGCGAUUGGUUCCACCGCACCACCGACGAGCUCUACAUGGAGGCAGCCACCAACGGUCCGCCCCGUGCCAACACAGGUCUUAUCAACGGCACCGGUAUGUACAACGGCGCCGGCUCCCGCUUCACUACAUCUUUCGAGGCCGGAAAGACCUACCGCAUGCGCCUCGUCAAUGCCGCUAUCGACACCCACUGGAAGUUUAUGAUCGACAGCCACGACCUCACUGUCAUCGCAGCUGACUUCGUCCCCAUGACCCCCUAUAACACCUCGGACGUCUCCAUCGGUAUCGGCCAGCGCUAUGAUGUUCUCGUCAAGGCUAACCAGAACGUCGACAACUACUGGCUCCGCGCGAUUCCCCAGUUGGCCUGCUCUGAGAACGAGAACACGCUCAAUAUCAAGGGUAUCGUCCGCUACGACUCUUCUUCGACUGCGGAUCCCACUGGCGAGGUGCCGACGUACAUGGACAGCUGCGAAGACGAGCCCAUGUCCAGCCUGGUUCCCGUCAAGGCCCUCGAGGCAGGCCAGCAGACGUAUGAUGACACUCUUACUGUUGGCCUGCAGGUUGUCAGCAGCCAGUUCAAGUGGACUCUGAACAAUAGCACGUUCCUUUCUGACUGGGGACACCCGACUCUUGAGCAGGUGUUUGAGGGCAACGACAACUACACCACGCAGCAGAACAUUGUUCACCUCGACGAGGGCAACGCCUGGGUUCACUUCAUCAUCCAGAACCCCAUCGGCCUCGCUCACCCCAUUCAUCUUCACGGCCACGACUUUUGGGUCCUUGCCCAGGGCUCUGGAACCUACGACAGCUCCGUCGCGCUGAAGACCGUCAACGCGCCCCGCCGCGACGUCGCGAUGCUUCCAGGAUCCGGGUACCUCGUCAUUGGCUUCUACACUGACAACCCGGGCGUCUGGCUGAUGCACUGCCACAUUGGCUGGCACACUUCCCUCGGCUUCGCCCUCCAGCUCAUUGAGCGGCCCAGUGAGAUCGAAGCUCUGACAAACCGCGAAACCUUGGAAAACACCUGCAACAACUGGAACGCCUAUGCUCUCCAGGACUCCGUCCAUCAGGAGGACUCUGGCGUCUAG